AUGGCUACUACUGAAGAGUUAGCUGAUACUAAAGAAUGGCACGUCGUAAAGAACUGGCGAAUUGCACAGAAAGAGAAGGAGAGAGAACGUCGUAGAAUUCGUGAUAGAUUGAGAAGACAAACAAUGAGCAAUGAGGAGAGGGAAAAACACUUAGCUAGACGUCGAAGAAACUAUCAAUUGAGAAGACAAAAAGUGUUGAACAAUUCUUCAUUUUCAACUUGUCAAAAUUAUGACAGUACUACUAGUGCAGGAUACUCUAAUGAAGAAGAAAAUCAAGCAAUUGUCCCUGUUUCUGGACUUGGGGUUCAGUUAUCUGAUGCUACAUUUCAUCCUGAAUUGUAUAAAUCACAACAAGAACCAGCUGAUGCAUCAAGUACAUUGCACCAGGGAGUUGAAGAAAUGAGGUAUAAAGUACAGAGAAGUCAAAACAUUAUGCCAUUAUAUCAAAUAAGACAUCUUGCUAGAUUAUUGAAUUCUUUUUCAAGUAAGAAUGAAGAAAUUGGGACCAAGGACAGUGUGAAUACAGAGAGUAAGUUUCUAACACAUACUUGUCAUGUCCUUUUCUUGAUUCGUUGUCUUUCUAUCGCGCUGAAUUUUAACUGA